AUAGUUAACCUUGUUUACUUUCAAUUCAACACUCUUGAAAGAAGAAGAAGAAGAAGAGGAGGAAGUUACCGUCUCUGAGCCAAUCAGCGGGUAGUAUUCGCCUAUUCGCCUCGACCAAUCAAAGACGUCGUAGCCAAGUUUAAAUCUCCGAACUCCGAGUGGUGCCGCUGCCACAUUUGUCUUCACAUCAAGUGAAAAUUCCCAUUAAAAAUAGUUGCACAUAAUGAGUGGAAAAGAAAAUAAAGAUAACAUGCAUCUGAUGGGAUCAAGAGGUCUACCACUGCAAGAAAGCAAUACUUCUAAUGUCCAGAAUGAGAAGGAAACCAUAAGGGAAAGAGAAAAGCGAAAAUGGACCGUGGAUGAUUUUGAGGUUGGACGGCCACUAGGCAAAGGUAAAUUUGGAAAUGUUUACCUUGCCAGGGAGAAAAAAAGCAAAUUUAUCAUUGCCCUUAAAGUGCUUUUUAAAUCACAGUUGGCCAAAGCUAAUGUUGAACACCAGUUGAGAAGAGAAAUAGAAAUUCAGGCUCAUUUACGACACCCAAACAUCUUACGCCUCUAUGGCUACUUUCAUGACGAAACUCGAGUGUACUUGAUAUUGGAGUUUGCACCACGUGGGGAGUUAUACAAAGAGAUGCAGUCACAACCGAACGGACAUUUUGACGAAAAGAGAUCAGCUAAGUACAUCAUGCAGCUUGCUAAUGCAUUAAGAUAUUGCCACACAAAAAAGGUUAUCCACCGUGACAUUAAACCAGAAAACCUACUUCUCAACUUGAGAGGCGAUUUAAAAAUUGCAGAUUUCGGAUGGUCAGUCCAUGCUCCAUCUUCAAAACGAACAACUUUAUGUGGCACGUUGGAUUAUUUGCCGCCUGAAAUGAUUGAGGGGAAGGCCCACGAUGAGAAGGUUGAUUUAUGGUCACUGGGAGUCUUAUGCUACGAGUUCCUUUGUGGCAAACCUCCCUUCGAAUCUGAGACGCAUGUUGAUACCUACAAAAGAAUAUGUAAUGUAGCUCUUCGUUUCCCCUCUCAUGUUUCAGAAGGCGCUCGGGACCUCAUAACUAAAUUGCUUCGUAAAGACGCUCGUGAACGGCUAAGCUUACAGGGAGUUUUGGAACAUCCUUGGAUACUUGAACUGACAAAGGAUCUCAACAGCCAGUCUGUCCCUCAGGUGCAAUAGCUAGUCUACGAAAGUUAACUAUAGAUCUUGUAUAUUGUAUUCAUAAGGACUACCUGGGGUUUAAUUUGUUUGCUAGGUGGAGAUUAAAAGCUGCAUUUAACAUUAUGAUCUAGCUUUUGUAUUUUAAUUGUUAACAUUACAGUUUUACAGAGUUUUUUUCUUUAGGUUUUAUAUGUAUAGUAAUCAGAUAUGGGUGAAUUUUCUAUAUCAAUAAAGUGUACCCUUAUAGAGCUUGCUUUUAAUUCACUUACUUAUGCACCAAAACACAUACUUUUUCAUUUCUUAAUGUUCAGUAUGAUGGAAAUUUAUACAGAACUACCCAGGUGGUGUUCUCUUUUUUAUAUGUACAUAGCUUGAUUAUAUGGUUCCUUAGAAUAUCUGUCAUUUAUAUUUAUGUUAAUUCUGACUGAUACAGGUAGAAUUAUGUUUGGUCAUUUUUAUUCUGUAGCCAAAUGAUGUUUAUAUAAUAUUAAAUAAAUCAGGGUCUGUGUUAUUGGUAUAACUACUGGUUUGUGACCAGACUACUUCAGUUAACUGCAAAACAUUUGGGGUCUGUGUUCUAAACAUUUCGUAUGCUCUUUGAAAAUCAAGUUAAAUCUGGCAACUUGAGGAAUCGGUGGUGUUAACCAGGGGUGUUAUCUGCUGGUAUCACUUAAUUUUCAAACUAGCAUUAAAACCACUACAUUUCAACUUUUUCAUUACGUUGAUUGAUUAGAAAUUACUUGAGCCAACUGUAAUUGUUAUUUUAUCAGAAACAAAUGAAACAAAAGCCAGUGCAAGCUAUUAUUAUCAAAGAUAUGACACUCCAUAUGACCACUAAGGUUUGCAGUACCAACUCUGUAUUUCCCCAAUAUUGUUAAAAGUAAAGAAGAUGAAGCAAUAAAUUACUCAAUUUUAUAUAUAGACCCCUUAAACAAAACUGCACACUACAAAAUAAACAUUCCUAAACUAAACCAGCUUGAGAAGAGCCUUUCUUAGGCUCAGGGGUUUGGAUAAAUUAAUCCUUUAUAUUAUAAUAAUAAUAAUCUCCUAAACUAGCAUGCUGUAACAAAAGUGCAUAAAAGCUUAUUGCAUAACAAACUGCUCUGCUGCUGGACACUAUAUGGACCGUCAAUAAAUGCUUUGUAAAAGAAAUAAGAAUAUGAGUUAGGAGACAUAUUUCUUACGAAUUUGAUAUAUGUAUUUGAUUUGACAAUAAGUGGGAGGAUAUUACUCUUUUCACAGACUAGAUUGCAUAUUUUAGAUAAAACGUGUGGUUUGAUCAAAAUGUCAAGAAACUUUAGCUUGUGUGUACCUUCUAAGGAAUUAUCUCACUUGUAAUUUCUAGGUUAUGGAUGAUUGUAUGGCUCAUAUUUAUUGUUACACAUGGAUUUCUUGCAUAGUAUUAGUUAGUGCAUAGAGACUUGCCACAGGAAGUGUGGAUGUAAUUUGUUUGUAUGCCAAAAGUUCAGCAGUUUUAAGGUUACAAAUUUCAAAAUAAUUUUCUGUAAGCUGUAUCAGAUAUCUGUCUUUUUGUUGUAGUUCCUUUGAACACUGAGAUGCCUAUUGUGAUUCAUUAGAUGAUAGGAUUCUAUAUAUUAUACAGAUUGUAGUUAUUUUAACUUACAGAUUAAGAUAAACAUUCCUGUCUAUUUUCUUACUUUAAAACUUUAACAUAAAAACUCUCCAAUGGAAAAUAUUACAUCUUGCUUUUCAUAUUUUCUGCCAAGUUUUCAAAAUUUCAAGUAUACCAAUAAAUGUAAAAUUGA